AUGCGCCGAAUAGCAGAGGAGGAUAGAGCGUUGCAGCACGAACAAAAUGAGCGUUCAAGAAGUAUUGUCCAGCAGAUCUUGCAGGAGGAAUGGGCAGUCACACAACGAGACUGCGUCGAGGCUCCUGCAGCCAAGUCUCGUCCUGUUAAUAGGACUAAAGAGAGUGCGCCUUUUACCACCGAUAAGAUUCAAUAUGCAAAUGUAGACUCCAAUACUUUUUUUUUCGCACUCUCUCCCAGUCUUUCGAAUGCAGGUCAAAAGAACUCAGAAGCCUUCAAAAGGUUUCAUAGUAGUGGUGCCUCUCCUUGCAGGGCUCGCCGAGAGGCGCCAGCCCCUGAAAAACUUUGUUGUGACCUGCCUUCGACAGCCGAGAGCCCCGAGGCAGCAACGGCCUGUCCGCGAUAUCCUCCGCUCGCGAUGCGUAAUCUCACAGUCUUUGAGCAGAAGAAAAUACAAAGAGCAUUGGAAGAACAGCAGAGGGUACUAAUAGAAGGAACCCCGCAGCGUAUUGCGGGAAGGUUACACUCAGGUCCAUCAUUUUGUUGCACCCCCUCAAAAGUGACGUUUAAGGCGUUUGAAAGCGGUAGAGUGUAUUCAAGAAACGUGUUGGUCACAAAUGUAAGCUUAGGUUUCAGCACUUUCCGCGUGCUACCUCUCCCAGAGGAGCUUGAUGGCAUCAUCUCUGUAGCUUUGGAGGCCCCAGGAAAGAUACCUGCAGGGGGUAGUACACAGAUGACUAUAACAUUUACCCCUAAGAGGACCGAGGACCUGGAGGCUGAAAUCCUCUUGCUCUCACCAACGGGGCCUCAAGCCUUGCCUGUUGUUUGCUGCCGUAAAAGAGCAGUGCUGACAUUUCUCCCUCAGCAACAGUCUCCUCAGGCGCUGCUUAAGUCGUUACAACUCAAAGGAGCUCCAGCACAAGCUGGGCGCGGUGCCAUCUCUGAUUGCAAUAUCAAAAAGAAGUCAACCGUCACAAAUGUCGCACCAUGGGGGGAUCCUGGGAGCCAAGACUUUAAGCAGUGUGCGGGAUCUGAGGAGCGAAAGGCUACAGACAGCGUUAUCUACCUUCACGCCGGAGACGUUCAACUAGGGGAUAUGGUUACUGUGCAUCUCAAGCUAGGAAAUACAGGAAGCCUUUCAGCUGCAUAUCAGCUCCUUCUAAUAUCUCCAAGAAAUCAGCAGGGCUCCUCCCCUGCAGAUAAUCCCCAAGCUGGGCAACAAAAUGAAGUUCCAAACAACACGACCGCUACUACGUACGAAGCAGGUAAAAACUGUCUAGCGAAUAGCACAGCUACAAGGGAAGUCAGUAAAGCUGUUGCUAGUGAAAUCGCACUGACAUUGAAUUUAAAUAGAGCACACAACGCUCUACAUGCGCAGAAGGACAGGAUGAGUCUCAAUAUAGAAGGAUGGCGGGAAGCACUUCAGGACGGGGCAGUGGUGCUCGCACAAUGGCUUAACACCUCAGACCAUCACAACAGCCUUCUCUGGAAAAGAAUCAUGUCCAGUGGAUUAGACGGACUGCUUCAGAGAAGUGCUUGCCAAAGCAGUCAAAGAGAAACGUGCACAACGGAACCGUUCCAGCUCUGCCUUAAGCGUACACUUGUCAAGAAUGCAGCAGGGGAGGUGGCACCGCUCCAGACACAAGAUAUUGCAAUUAUCCAUGCUCCAGAUCGUAUAGGAAGAUUUGUUGGCUUUUUCUCUCUGCAGUUUUUAGAUCAAGAGCACCCAGAUGUGGUCGUCGUGGUGGAUGGGCAGUGCGUCUUGCCUCUCGUUUGCACCAACCCUCCUCUGCAUGACUUGGGCAUAUGCGUGCCAGACCGGAUGUAUAGGCAGCAAUUAAAGGUCACAAGCAACAGCGUAACACCUCGUACUCUUAAAGUGGAGUCUCCGGAGGCCGAGAAGGGUGUCCUGUGGGUAGAUCCUGCAUGCUCUGUUAUACAACCUAAAGGCGUCACUUCUCUGGCUGUCCACCUUUGCUUUUCUUUCUCGUUUUUCCAAAAACAUCCAGAAUACGUCCAACCACUGCCUCCCGACAUUGCCAAGCUUCAGCCUGCAUGUACAGCCUUCCAGAUACCUAUUCGGAUUAAAGUCAGCGAACAAACACUUUGUGCAGAAACGGCCAUAACAGGCAUUCUCACUGAGACCCAGCUGCGCCUAUCCCGUACCAGGCUGCAUUUUGGGUCAACAAACAAUAUAACGGGCAGCAAGCAAAUGCUGCAGAUUCACAACCCGUCUUUACUAAUUGCUUCAUACAGUUUCACCUCUUCUCACCAAGCCUUGAGAAUCGUGGAGCUGCCACGCAUCUCAGAAAUCGAUGAAAGGGUUGAAGAAGUGCCGGUACAAGGAAGCAUCCAACAAACAAACACUCCAUCAGUUAGUCUCAAUACCGUUGACUUGCGCGAAGGCGAUAGUAAGGCAUGCGAGGAUCUUUUGCAGUACCUCCCCCUGCUCGAUAUCGGGGCUGCAGGCGUGCUGCUGCCAGGGGAGACACGAACAUUUGCUGCAGUCUUUAACCCAGGGGAUCUGCGUUGCGAUGCACACACAGUGCAACUAGCUGGAGGAAAAUCGUUGGAGCAUUCAGGAACCGUACGGAUGAAGGUGCUUUUGGCCGAUCAAGCUGUAUAUGAAGUAAAGAUUCCAUGGAAUGUCAUUCUCACCGAAUCCCCUAUUACUGUAUUGCCUGCCCCUUCGCUCAAACUUCCGACCACACCACCCGGCUUAAGCUCAUCCGCGACCCUAGAAUUAAAAAUUGUGGCAAGCCAAUUUUCGUUUAUGGAAGGGGAAAUCGGGAGCAAACCAGGUCACUUCCUCUCCCCAACUGCGCCAGAAAAACACGCUGUGCAGUUUGCAGGCGUUUUGGUACAUGUACAACAGCCACCCUCAACUCUGAGCGCUCUAAGCAUUAGUCCCCUCAGGCUACUUCUUCACUCCAAGAAACGCUGCGCUUCGCUCGUCAUUCACUUCUCCCCUACAGAACAAUAUAUGCAUUUAAAGCAGCUGCUGCAACUCACGCCACCAGCAGAAGAGUGCAUCCGGGGGUCUAGUAAAAAGCUUCCGUUUUUGGAGGAUUCAGAAGCCACGAAAAUUCUUCGUGAUAAACGAGGCGGGUGCUCGCGCACCGGGCAUACUCAGAGCGUAGCAGCAAAUGGAUCUACAAAAGACUCAGAAGGCCUGAAGAAGAGUAGCAAAGUAGAGUGUGGCUCAGCAGCAGAUUCAAAGACAUUUCCCGACAAAAGCCCCAUGCACAAAGAUCCUAACCCGAAGUUAAGUAAAUCGUCUCUGAAGUCUGUAGGAGGCACUGCAUCCGAUGAAGGCAUAAACGAGCGACCGUUCGCGGAUGAGUCUUCAAAGUUUACCAACAAGGAAGCACCUGCCACAAUAUCAACCGACCAAGAAAGAUUUAUGUCGUCUGAUCCUCCCACUACAGCUUUUGCAACAACGGAUACUAGCGUUACGUCGAUUUUACGAAAAAUGACACAAGCGGGAGGCGCUCGUUGGACUAGCCUCGAGGAGAACAACGAAAACGAUUUCUUUGCCUUUGAUAACCCACAAGCCUACCAUCACGCUCAUUGGCUUAUUCCUCUAAGGAUUUGCCGUCUGACAUCCAGUCAGGUGGAUGGUAUUCUUUCCGGAGGGGAGUUAGACACAUCACAAUGCCCUGUUAGCACCUGCACAAGUCCGCCUCUCGUGGCUGCCUCGCCAAAGCGCGUUGAGUUCGGUUCUGCGAUGAUCGGACAAAGGGUUUAUCAGCACGAGUUUAGUGCUGAGCUGGUGCUUCAGUCUGAGCGGACUCGAAUAGCAAUCCCUUUGAGUGGAAUGGGCUUGCAGCAUACGGUGGAGCUGAUUCCAUCACGAAAUGCAUACGAUAUGGGGGCAUUGGUUUGCCCCCAAAUCAAAGAGGGGUGGCUGAGAGGUGAUUUCGAGCUUACGUUUGCAACGUCGGGUCAAGCUCCACGAGUGCUUACCUUCUUUGGACUUGCGACAAGCAGCUCUCUUUAUGCCACCUUACCCUUCCUCGCCAACGGAUCGACACGUCCUCCUUUGGAAAGUGGAGCCUGUUCUCCACAGGAAAAAGAGAUGAGUGGCAGCAUCUGUGGGUGCAACAAUGUAGCUACUGGCGUGACUGCCCCCGGAGGCUUACAGAACACAGACUUUUGCGUAUCGUGCUAUAUGGAAUCUCUUCCACGGCUCGCUGCGGAACGCGGCUUUCUAAGCAAUGAUGAGCAAAUAGCUCCCUCCAACCACCCAGUGGCUGAAGACGCGAAUUCUAUCUUUAGGGUGAAAGGGUCCAUACAGUCGCAACAGCAACCUCAGCUAUCGGACAUCUGCUUACGGUCCCAUGAACGACCUUUCGGACCCAAGACAAUAGACAUUCGAUUUGGUGCUCUACAGCCCAGCAGGUUGACGCGAGCUUUGCCUGGUAUGUCCCCUGCCGGGACGUCAACAGACAACAUAGGUCCAAAAGGCGAUCCACCCAUGGCAGAAUGUAGCCAAAGUCAGACCUCACACAGCCCCCCUUUCACUGUGAGAGAAGAAAAGCAAAAGGCAGAUGCCAACUUCGUUCUACAAGACAUCGAUACCAUGUUCGACGAUAAAUGCACAAAAGCGAUAGUGGUUGGGGGGGCGUGGCCUCCAGGUCGACAGGGGCUAAGCCCGUUCGCAACGGUCAAGGGUGAGGCUACUGGAGGCUUUGAAAUCACAAUAGACUGCUCACCAUACUCCCAUAUGUUUUCAUUCGAGCCAACAAACGGGACUUUCUUCCCUGGAGGGAGGCAGGUGGUUCGCGCAGUCUUCUCUCAGACUGUCUCAACACCAGCGGAGGACCGCGUCCGCAAGCUGUUGAGCCAUGUUCCGCCAGAGAUACAAAAGCAGCAGUACAUAACCGCCACAGCAAGAUUGUGGCUUCGGGGGACCACUGUGUCAGCUCCCGUACAAGCUCAAGAAGUUGCAAUAAUUCGGCUGCGCGCGCCGUUGUGUAGUAAGCUGGGGUAA